UUCUUCGUAUAUAAAGAAGCAUCAUCCCUUUGCAUCAUGCAUCAUCUCAUUACCUUUACUGUUUACAUGAUGAUGAAAGCCACGAGUGUUGUUGGGUUAGCAAUGGCACUGCUCAUGACCACAACGGUUCUUACCAUAGUGACUGCACAGCAAGUGGACCAGCAACCACCUCCACCGAUGUUACCAGAGGAAGAAGUGGGAGGAUGCAGCAGAACAUUCUUCUCGGCGCUGGUGCAGCUGAUACCGUGCAGAGCAGCAGUGGCUCCAUUCAGCCCCGUCCCACCCACCGAGUCGUGUUGCUCUGCCGUUGUCACACUUGGCCGUCCUUGUCUUUGCCUUCUUGCCAAUGGACCUCCACUCUCUGGCAUUGACCGCUCCAUGGCUCUUCAGCUUCCUCAGAGAUGCUCUGCUAAUUUCCCUCCCUGCGAUGUCAUUAACUAGGACGAGUUCUAGGACCGGCCUAUCUAUCUGUUUUCUUUUCCCCUCACUUACCUUUCAACUCUAAUAAAUACGCUGCUUAGUGUCCUAUGUUCCCAGAUUUCUAAAACAUUAAUAAAGAUAUGAGAAUAAAA